CCAUUUCUCAUUUGUUUUUUAUUUUCUACCUUUUCAUUUCAUUACAAUUUUAGUGGUCGUCGCGUUAACAUGUCGCUUUUUCUGUGCUUUUAAUUGCUUUUAUUUUUUUUAUAUUUAUUUAAUUUAACGUGUUGCUACGUAGAGAAACAACAAGAUCGCGGCAUUAUUAUACUUGCAAGUACUAUAAAUUACAUUUUUUUGUGAAAUUUGUGAAAAUAAAAUUCAUAAGAAUUUUUAAGAAAAGUUAAUAGAUUCAUUUUUGUUUAUUUAUAUUAGUAAUAUAAAAUAAAAUAAUUAAGAAAAAAUAAACAUUUUUUUUUUAAAUUAGAAAGAUUUAAAAUAAUUCUUUUAUUGUUCGCGGAUUUUUACUAUUCAAACAUUGCAAUUUGUAGUAGAAAGAAAGUAUUGAGAAACUUGAAACGAGGAAUUGAAUUUUGUGCUUAAAAUAAUUUUUUUUUUUAAAAAAUUGUCGGUGAAUAAUUGAACAUAAAUUUUAUAUACACAUAAAUAUGUAAAUAAAUGAAUAAAAAAAGACAAAUAAGUAAUCAAACAUUUUUAUUGUUAAAAUAAAUAAAAUUUGUUUUGAAAAUAAAAGGAAAUUGUGAAUGAGAACGAAAAAUUCAUUUAAGAAAAUUAUUGGUGAUCAAAUAAUAAGAAAAUUAUUCAAAAUAUUUGAAACUAGCGGAAAUCCGAAUUAAAAAAAAUUAAAUUUUAUAUUGAUUUCAAUGGGGUGAAAGCUUAAAUGGCAUUUUUUCCUGGACCCUGGGACAAAAGGGAAAAAUUUCUGUGUUGAAAACGGACGCUAUUCGAUUGAGAAUUAUUUUUGAAGACAGCGUUUUUCUAUUUUUUCAUUUCAUCUUUAAUUAUUUGUUUUCAAAUAUAAAACAGUUCUUUUGCGCUUCUUUAUAUUUAAAAAAAGUUAAAAAAAAAAUAAUAGAAAAAGAAUUAAAUACAAUCUGGAAAAGUUUAAUAAGAAAAAAUUCUUCAACUUUGGAAUUCGCUUAAUUCAUAUUAUAAUUAUUCAGAUGACCGCAGUGGUCCUUAAUGCUUUACCGACGAAGGUAGUAGCGUUUGCUGCAGCCGAAAUUGGAUUAGCUGAAAUACGAGCUGUAAUUUUAUUGAAAAUUUUUGUUUAUUUCUUGUUGAGAAUUCAACAAAACUUAGAGAAACCGGAAAAAGUUUGCUCAUAUGAAAGAUUAUCCGACCUCAAUUACAUUCUCGUAGCAUCAUAGCAGAAUUUUAUAAUUAAUUUUUAUAUAAAAUUAAGGAAAUUAGAUAAAAAUUAGCAACAAAUUUAUUGAAUUUAGUAAAAUUUUUUAUUUAAUAAAAAGUUGUUUUAACUUUUGUCCUGCAUAUAUACAUUUGGUUUAUUAUCGAAUAUAUACGACAAUAAAAAAUUUUUUAUAAAAAUGUCGACGAAUUUAAAAGUUGUUGGUGCAUCUUGGAUUAAAACUAGAAUAAGCACAUUUAUAUUAGUUGCAGCUGGAUUUUUAAGUAUAUGUGCAUUAUUUAUAGCUAAAAUUGAGAGACCAAAAUAUGAUGGAACAUAUUGUGCUACAAUGUUUUGGAAUGAAAAGACUGGUUUUAAUAUUGAAUAUUGGAAACAAAGAAAUGAUUUACAUAAUAUUCCGAAAGGUGCUGCUAGAAUUUGUUAUAAGGAUUCAAUGUACCAGAAUGGAUGGUCACAAUUAGAAAUAGAAACAGAAGAAAAGUAUCCAGAUUGGGUGCAAGCUUUUGGAGCUGGAAUGUUAGAGGGCACCUUAACUUGGAGUAAUAUUUAUCAUCAUUGGGCCAAUACGAUUUCAUCACCGUGUGAUACAGAUGAAAGUUCACAAAAUUUUUGUACAUGGUUACGUGAUACAGUCGAAUCAAAUUAUGUUGAAAUGAAAAAAACAGCUAAAUUACGAGCAAGUCAUGAUCAUUAUUGGCAUCAAAUUGAUUUAUUAACAUAUCAAUUGGAGGGUAUGUAUUUUGGUUGGCAGCGAGGAGCUAAAAGAGCACGUUCUGGAUUAGAAGAAGAUUUUGAACUAACAGAUUUUCUAUUAUUAAAUUUAGCAGCUGAUAUUCAAGAUUUAAAAGAGAAUUUCACAUUAACGUUAGAGAAUGGAAAAAAAUCUUUAAAUAAAAUUUUUCCAAAUGCUAGAGCAUCAAUGCUAGUGAAAUUAUUCCCAGAUUUUGAAGGAAAUUUUAAAUUUAUUAUGGGUCAUAGUGCUGCUGCCAGUUAUUCAUCAAUGUUACGAAUGCAAAAACGUUAUAAAUUUAAAUUUCAUGUAUCUCCAAUUAAUUGGAAUACAAAUACAGUACCAGGAACUGAUAUCAGUUUUAGUGGAUAUCCAGGAAUUCUAGCUUCAAUUGAUGAUUUUUAUAUGAUAAAAGGACGUAAUGUUCAUUCUGUUGUAGGUGGUGUUUCAAUUCGCAAUGAAAAUCCAAGUUUGUGGAAUGAUAUAAAUAAUAAUAAUUAUCAUAUACCAUUAUCAUUUCGGAUUAUGACAGCUAGCCGUUUAGGUCAAAAUCGAAAAACUUGGGAAAAAUCAAUAGGAAGAUAUUCUAUUACCGGUUCAAAACAAUGGAUACGUGUUGAUUUGAAAAAAAUUAAUUUAUUACAGAAAUUACAUUCCAAUAAUAAUUAUAGUAAAAUUGAUGGUUUAAAUGAUUUAGGUGUACAUGACAUAAUAUUGCUCUCUGAACAAGUUUUAAAUAAAUAUAAAACAAAAGAUUUAACAACUUCUAUGUCAAUUAAUUGGACUAGUCUUUGGUGUAAUGGAAUACCAAAACUUAAAGAAAUUUCAUUAUUUAGUGGAAUUCCUUUUGAAAACAAUAAUUCUAAUAUGAAAAUUGUCGAAUCAAAUAUGACUAAUCUUGAAGAUGUUGAUGAAUUUUUAAGAAAAAAUGCAUUUCGAGGUGAUUUACUUGGAGAACAAGCUUCACCAUAUGGCAAUAUUGAUAUGAAAUUAUUUACAUUUGAUCCUGUAUUAGAAAUCACUGAUUAUAAUGCAAUAUCUGGACCAUUAUUUACAAAACAAAAGCCAAGAUUUUUUAACAAUGAUAUUUCUAUUGAAUCAUUAACCAUAGAAGAGCCAAAUAAAAUUUAUUCUAAUGAAAAUUCUGAUGAAUUUAAUAUUGAAAUAAUUUCUAGUGCUGAACCAUCAAAAAUUCCAGCUCCAGCUAGAUUAAUUCGAAAUGAUAUUUUAGCAAUAGCAAAACAUAGAUAUCAUCAUAAUCGUCCAUUUAAAUGGUCCGAAGUUGAUGAUAAUGGUGUAAAUCAUCAAGGGCAGCCAAAUGAAUGGAAUUUUUCAAAAGUAAAACCAGUAUGGGCAUGGCAUUCCCAAUAAUUUUUCCAAAUUCUUAGAAAGCUUUAAAUAAAUUAUUUUAUUUUUUAUAAAUACCUACAUUUAAUUAGUAAAUUUUCUGAAAAAAAAAAAAUAGUAUUUUUUAAAGUUAAGUAGAAAUGGCUGUAAUUGUAAUAUAAGAAAAAAAAUUAAAUGCCUUCACUAUUAAAAAAUACACAGUAAAAUGGCAUUGGAAUGUUUUUUAAAAUUUUGUAAAUAAAAUAUAUUUUCAAAAAUGAAUUUUUAACAAGAAAACGCAGAAAAAAAUGGAAUGGUUU